AUGUCUAUGUUGAACCCUCUGUCUAAGACCUAUUCGGUCGCUAGGGUCUAUGCUGACGCCAACGAACAAAAACCUAGGGAAUACUGGGAUUAUGAAAACUAUAAAAUCAAAUGGGGUGACAUUAAGAACUAUGAAAUCAUAUCUAAAAUUGGAAGAGGUAAAUACUCAGAAGUAUUCCAAGGUGUUAAUGUGGUUAAUGAUCAACCAUGUGUUAUUAAGGUAUUGAAACCGGUGAAAAUGAAGAAAAUAUAUCGUGAAGUUAAGAUUUUAAAGAAUUUAACCGGAGGUCCAAAUGUUGUUGGAUUAUUAGAUUUGGUACGAGAUGAACAAAGUAAGAUACCGGCACUUAUUUUUGAAAGAAUUAAUAAUGUUGAUUUUCGAGUACUUUAUCCUAAAUUUGCUAUUGCUGAUAUACAAUAUUAUUUCACUCAACUUUUAAUUGCAUUAGAUUAUUGUCAUCUGAUGGGGAUUAUUCACAGAGAUGUUAAACCUCAGAAUGUCAUGAUUGAUCCUGUUCUGAAGAAAUUAAGAUUAAUUGAUUGGGGUUUAGCUGAAUUUUAUCACCGGGGAAUGGAUUAUAAUGUACGUGUUGCAAGUAGAUAUCAUAAGGGACCAGAAUUGUUGAUUAAUUUACAACAAUAUGAUUAUUCAUUGGAUUUAUGGUCAGUUGGUUGUAUGCUUGCAGCCAUUAUAUUUAAGAAGGAGCCAUUUUUCAGAGGAGAUUCUAAUAAUGAUCAAUUGGUUCAAAUAGCGAGGGUUUUAGGAACAGCUGAUUUGAUGAGUUACGUUAACAAAUAUGGAAUCAUACUUUCCAGUGAGUAUAAUGGAAUUUUGGGUAACUUUACUCGUAAACCAUGGGCCAAUUUUAUAACCAAAGACAAUAAACACAUGGUGAGUGAAGAAGUUGUGGAUUUCAUUGACAAAUUAUUGACUUAUGAUCAUCAACUAAGACCUACAGCCAAAGAAGCCAUGCUGCAUCCUUUCUUUCUGAUAUAG